AUGAUAGCCUCGUGUAGCGCCACGACCUGUCCACGAACACAUUCCGUCGUUUUCUGCGUGCCUCCGUCCAUCAGAAAUCGCCGAUCUUCUCAAUGUUUCUCAACCACCCUGCGGCCUAGAUUUGUCGACAGCACUAACCUGCGCGCCGAGCAUGUAGAAUCUGUCGCGAGCGCGCAGUCAGCGCUCGGCGGUCGGGUUCCGUGCGCUGCCCUGCGCGUGCGGCGCUCGUCCGCGAUAAGCGGCGGACGAAGCGCCGCGCCUGCCGCGUCUCGCGAGUUCCGCAGACGAGCGAGUCUAGCUCCCCGCGCGGUUCCCCCUGAGCGCGCCAGCCCGUCAGAUUCCGCCGCUUUAGGGGAAUCUCGAGGACCAGCGGAAGAUCUGGGAGGAGUGACGUCAGUAGCACGCGGAGCGGAAAGCGGGAGAGGGGGGGGUAGUGCGGAGGACGACGGGGGAGGCGGGUGGUUUGAAUGGGGGGUGGCGGAAGGGCAAGGGGAAGCACAGGCAGGGGGAGAGGCGGAGGGGGAAGGAUGGGAUGCUACGUUUGCCACGUGGCAGUCAGAGGAGGGGGAGGGCGAGAAGGAUCUGACAGGCGGGUGGUCGUCAGAUGAAGAGAUGACUAAACGGUUCAGAUUGCGGAACGGGCGCGAGGUGAGAGGAGGGGGAGAUGAGAUGAGAGCUAUCCCAGCCUCCCCUCCUCCCCUCCCCUCCUCCCCUCCCUUCCUCCCCCUCUUCCCUUCUUCCCCCUCCGCCCAUCAGAUUCUCGAGGAGCGAGCCUUCCUGGUGGGUGUGGAGAUUCUCGAGGAGCGAGCUUUCCUGGUGGGCGUGGAGGUCAGGCCCUCUGCAUCCGCUCCCCCCUCCGCCUCCCCCUCUGCCUCAGCGCCCUCGCUGUUCCCCAUAGAGGAGUCGCUGGCGGAGCUGUCGCAGCUGGUGGAGACGGCCGGGCUCAGGGUCGUUGGCUCCACGCACCAGAGGGUAGCAAGCCCCAACCCACGAACGUACAUAGGAGCCGGCAAGGUGGAGGAGGUGCGAGCAGCGGUGGCGGGCAUGGGCGUGGAGACGGUGGUGUUUGACGAUGAGCUCAGCGCGGGUCAGCUGCGCAAUCUAGAGAAAGAGUUUGGCGGCGAUGUGAGGGUGUGUGAUCGCACGGCACUCAUCAUUGACAUUUUCAGUCAACGCGCCAACACCAAGGAGGCAACUCUGCAGGUGCAACUAGCCCAGCUGGAGUACCAGCUGGAGUACCAGCUGGAGUACCAGCUGGAGUACCAGCUGGAGUACCAGCUGGAGUACCAGCUGGAGUACCAGCUGGAGUACCAGCUGCCGCGCCUGACGCGCAUGUGGUCGCAUCUGGAGCUGUGCCCAGCUAGAGUACCAGCUGCCGCGCCUCACUCGCAUGUGGACGCAUCUGGAGCGGCAGGCAGGCGGCAUGGUGAAGGGCAUGGGGGAGAAGCAGAUCGAAGUGGACAAACGGAUUAUCAGAGAGCGGAUGGCAGCACUGAGACGCAGCCUCACGUCGGCAAGAGCACUCUGCUCAACCGGCUCACGGGCGCCAGUGUGUUGGCUGAAGACAAGCUGUUUGCCACUCUCGACCCCACCACUCGCCGCACGCAGCUACCCAACGGCAAGGAGUGUCUGUUGACAGACACUGUGGGUUUCAUUCAGAAGCUGCCCACCCAGCUGGUGGCAGCGUUCAGAGCCACGUUGGAGGAGAUCACCGAGGCAUCGGUGUUGCUGCAUGUGGUGGACGCCAGCCAUCCAAUGGCGGCGCAACAGGUGGCGGCGGUGCUUCAAGUGCUUGCUGAGCUGGACGUCUCCCGCAUCCCCAUGCUCACCGUCCUCAAUAAGGUGGACCAGGUCUCCCCUGAUUGGCUGCAGCAGCAGCAGCGCCAGCUGGAGGCCAUCUUGGACCAGAACGCGGGCGGCAGAGAGAGCAGCGCGGGCGGCAGAGAGAGCAGCGCGGGCGGCAGAGAGAGCAGUGCGGGCGGCAGAGACGCUGGUGGUGGGAGAGAGGGCGGGCGGCACAGUAUGGUGGCGGUGUCGGCAGUGACUGGCGAGGGCAUGGAUGGGCUGUUUCAGGAACUGGAGAAGAUGGUCAACGGCCUGCUGGUGAGCAUCGACGCCAUCAUUCCGUACCAGGAGGGGCAUCUGCUGGGGAGACUCCCUUUGCAGGGCCUGCUGGGCCUGCUGGUGAGCAUAGAAGCCAUCAUUCCGUACCACGAGGGGCAUCUGCUGGGGCUCGUGUACCAGCUGGGCGCUGUUGAUAGAGAGGUAUGGGGAAGUUGGGAUACUGAAAGGAGCGAGUGGAGAGACCAGGAGGGGCAUCUGCUGGGGCUCGUGUACCAGCUGGGCGCUGUUGAUAGAGAGGUGAGAGUGGUGAGGACAACUUGGGGUGGUGGACAGAGAGGGGUGGGGGAGAUGGGAGCUGUUGCAAGAUGGCAAGGGAAGAGAGCCGGAGGGCCACACAGGAGCACCUCCUCACUGCCCGUUGUGGCAGAGCAGCAAUGCGCUCUCCCUUUUUCAUCUCCUCUUCUGCCUCUCCAUCUGGUGCUGAAGGCACCUUGUUGA